UGUGUGUGUGUGUGUGUGUGUGUGUGUGUUUGUGUGUUUUAUGUGUGUGUGUGACGUCUCCACCAUUCUUUAUUAUAUCAGGCAUCACUAAAUGUGACGGCAGCUGCCCCACCUUUCCGCAGACUGCUGUGACGUACAACCAGUGUGUGUGUGUGUGUUCCCCACAUGUGUGCUGUGCGAGGUGCGGCUAAGGCUGUCCGUUGCCGUACCAGGGCCCGCAGAUCGCCGCCGCGCGCGCGUGUGCGUGUGUGUGUGUGUGUGUGUGUGUGUGUUUUGCAAGGUGACCCUGCUGUUGCUAGCACUGUUACAGCAACGCAUACUCAUUGCCAAUUUCAUGCCGUUGGGUGCGGGUAUUAAGACCACACGAAUCAGGGGCAGUGCCAGCAACACUAGUCAGAAGUAAGUCGGGAGCAGUCUCAUCUCUUGUCGCUGCUGCCUUAGGGGAGUGAGACGCAUCAAGGGCCAUCAUGUUAGACGCGGAGAUAGCCUUGAUGGGAGAGGAGGUGCCUGUACAGGUGAUCUCGGGGAGGAAGACCGGCAACUUUCAGCCCCAUUGCACGAAGGAAGAGUCGUCAAUGAAGUUGCCUUCUACUCUCAUCCCACUGACAUCGGACUACACCGAGUUUGGAUUGUUGCAGGAUGAGUCCAACCCGGACAUCGGCAAUAGCACAGUUAAGCGACAGUUGCCCUCGAAGACAAUACGUUCAUGUUUCUGCUGUUGGCCCAAAAUCAGUCCCUUCUUCAGGCAGGUAAUCAUGACCAUCGUAACGGGCAUGGGAGCGCUCGCAGUCGGUACAAUCUACGCCUUCCCUGCCGUAGCCCUCACGCGGUGGGAGGAUGCCGAUUUGAAGUUCUCUACCGCUCAGAUCACGUGGUUCGCGUCCACGCCGAUGGUAGUGUCGGUGGUGAUGAGCGCGGUGGCCGGGGUGGUGGUAGAGCGCCUGGGGGUCCGCCUGUGUCUGACCAUCAUCACGUGCGUCCUCUGCUUCACCUGGGUCAUGAUCGCCCAGUCCACAGACUUCUGGGUGCUUCUCGUCGCUCGAGUCAUUCAAGGCGUUGUUGCUUCGGUGAAUUUGGUGGUGAUAGUAGUGUACCCCGCAGAGGUGAGUCAGGUGCAAUGGCGGGGCAUCAUGAUUGGUGUGUCCGAGGCCAUGUUAAUGCUGGGCGCCUUCCUGACCUACUUGGGAGGUCUUAUUCUUCUCCCCAGCCUUCUUGCCUACACCUUCGCCGCUGUUCUCGUGCCCCAGCUAAUACUCUUCUUCUUCUUGCGGGAGUCCCCGCAGUGGCUGGCGAGGCGGGGCCGCGAGGACGACAUCGUGGAGUCACUCAUGUGUCUUCGAGGUAACGAUGUUGACAUAAAGCCUGAACUUGAGCAUAUCAAGUCCACUGUCUGCACAGAGAAUGUACAGAAUUCCAAAUCUGCAGAACAGCUGACACUGUUAUUCAGAAAACCCGUAUACUUAAGAGCCCUUACUCUUUGUGUCUUAAUCUUGCUCUUCAAAGAGUUAACUGGACAAUACGCCGUCCUCAUCUACACCGUCAAGAUGUUCCAGAUGGCGGGUUCCACUCUUGACCCUUACUGGUGUGCAGUGGUGAUGGGCGCGGCGCGAUUUUUGCCCUGCUGCCUGUCCUGGAUGUUAAUAGAAAGAUUUCCACGCCGUCUCCUGCUGUCCACUUGCAUGACAGUGACGGGCGCAUCCCUUGCCAUUCUUGGGAUCUUCCUGUGGGUGUGGUCAGGCUCAAACAAGGACCUUGGGCCAUACAUGGGAUUAGUGCCUGUCGUGUGCCUCUCAAUAUUCACUCUGGCCUAUGGGAUCGGCAUUGGCCCCAUCUCAUGGACAAUAGUGGAGGAGCUCCUCCCUUCGCAUGUGAGGAACAUUGGCACUGGGAUCCUCAAUGCUUGCUUCAGUAUUUUUCAGAGCAUUGUGGGACUGACCUUCCCCUUCAUUGUGAUAGGUAUAGGAGUGGGUGGAGUGUUCAUCGCAUACUCCCUGUGCUCACUGUGUGGAGUAAUCUUCGUGGUCACUUGUUUGCCCGAGACCCAAGGGCAAACCCCUUUUAGAGAUACAAACUAAGUUUAGCUCAUCAAAAGAAAAUGCCAGAGUAUUUAAGUAUUUAUUUUAUUUUAUUUUUUUUAUUUAUUUAUUUAUUUUUAUAUUUAUAUAUCUAUAUAUAUUUUUUUUUUCAUUUUUUGUCUUUCGUUAUUAA